UUACUGUCCUCGGUUUCGGUUUAGUUCUCUUUCUCCGGACAAAAUCAACUUUAUUAAACGAUCUCCAAACGAUCCCCCACUUGGUCGCCACACAAACACCGAAGCUCAAAAGCCGACGGCUGAAUCUUUUCACCCCCGGAAAAACCCAGAAAAUCCCGAGAAACGACAAAGUGCGUGGCCCCCCAAAAAUAGAAGAGGAAGAACAACAAAAACAAUUGAGAGGUGAAACAAAGGAGACGCGAACUAAAAACAAUUAAGUUGUCCAGUUGUGGGCGACAGAAGGUCGAUUCAUCACGUGAUUGUCGGGCUUUACAUAACAUCGGAAGCUCUCGUUUCGAAGGAGGAGCAGCGAAGCAGAUUGGCAAGUGGAAAAUCAGUAGCUGGGCACUAGGUGGAGAAGUCAGGCAGCACCCACGCAGGACCAGCAGCGAAACAGCCCCACCCCAAAGAGCUUAACAGGACAAGGGAGGCAAACCCCCUUACAAACCGCCCGCUCCAACCCUUUUCAAUCCCCCUACGCAACAUGAACAACCUGGCUGACACCGUGGUCGUCGAUCCUGGAUUCGGAGGCGGCGACAAGCAGCAGCAGGCAGGUCCCGCGCCUCAGGACGCCAGCGUGGUGGUGCCUCCCCCUGCCACCAAGCAAUCCUCGGCCCUGAAGAAGACCAGUCGCUACAGAAGCCGCUCGCUAAGCGCCUCCUCCACGGACUCCUUCAGCUCGGCCAGCUACACGGGCAGCAGCGAGGACGGCGACGAUGUGCCGCCGCGGGAGAAGGUCCAGAAGAACUCGAAGGGCAGCUCCGACUUCUGUGUCAGGAACAUCGCUGCACAGCACGCGUUCGGGCGACGGGAGAUCGAGAUCGCGGAGCAGGAGAUGCCGGGCAUCAUCGCCCUGAAGAAGCGGGCGGCCGAGGACAAGCCGCUCAAGGAUGCCAAGAUCGUGGGCUGCACACACAUCAACGCCCAAACGGCGGUGCUCAUCGAAACGUUGGUGGAACUGGGCGCCAGUGUUCGCUGGGCAGCCUGCAACAUCUACUCCACGCAGAACGAGGUGGCUGCUGCCCUGGCUGAAUCCGGAAUCCCGAUCUUCGCCUGGCGCGGCGAGACGGAGGAGGACUUCUGGUGGUGCAUCGACCGCUGCGUGAACGCGGAGAACUGGCAGCCGAACAUGAUCCUGGACGACGGGGGGGACGCCACGCACCUCAUGCUGAAGAAGUACCCGACCAUGUUCAAGCUGGUCAAGGGAAUCGUGGAGGAGAGCGUCACCGGGGUGCACCGGCUCUACCAGCUCUCCAAGGCCGGCAAGCUGACGGUGCCGGCGAUGAACGUCAACGACUCGGUGACCAAGACCAAGUUCGACAACCUGUACAGCUGCAAGGAGUCGAUCCUGGACAGCCUCAAGCGCUCCACGGACGUGAUGUUCGGCGGCAAGCAGGUCGUGGUCUGCGGCUACGGCGACGUUGGCAAGGGCUGUGCCCAGGCACUCAAGGGACAGGGCUGCAUUGUGUACAUCACGGAGAUCGAUCCCAUCUGCGCCCUGCAGGCCAGCAUGGACGGCUUCCGCGUGGUGAAGCUGAACGAGGUGAUCCGCAACGUGGACAUCGUGGUGACGGCGACGGGCAACAAGAACGUGGUGGUGCGCGAGCACAUGGACAAGAUGAAGAGCGGCUGCAUCGUGUGCAACAUGGGCCACUCCAACACGGAGAUCGAUGUGAACGGGCUGCGCACGCCGGACUUGACCUGGGAGAAGGUGCGCUCGCAGGUGGACCACAUCAUCUGGCCGGAGGGCAAGUACAUCAUCCUGCUGGCGGAGGGCCGGCUGGUGAACCUGAGCUGCUCCAGCAUCCCCUCGUUCGCCGUGUCGAUCACCUCGGCCACCCAGGCGCUGGCCCUGAUCGAGCUCUUCAACGCACCGCCCGGGCGCUACAAGUCGGACGUCUACCUGCUGCCCAAGAAGAUGGACGAGUACGUGGCCAGCCUGCACCUGCCCACCUUCGACGCCCACUUGACGGAGCUGAGCGACGAGCAGGCCAAGUACAUGGGGCUGAACAAGGCCGGUCCUUUCAAGCCCAACUACUACCGCUACUAGGAGGCCUCGGGUGCCGAUAUGCGGACAAUAACGCCAGCAAUUAGGAGAACCAACAACGCCAACGAAAGUAUUGUCUUUGCGAAGAAGUGAAACUAUUUAAACAAUUGUUGACACACACACACAACACACAGAACACACAAAAGGACGCGGGAAGGAGAAGAGAACACAAAGUUACUAUUACCAUUGUAUUGCUUAGUUUAGCUCGAGCGGAAUUCUUGGUUGCUUUUCGUUAGCAUUUAGCAUUUAACGUCUGCGUCUUCGAUAAUAGUAUUUAGCACUUGCUUUAGCCGCAGGAGUAUUCUCUCUGUUUACUAAUCCCCCAUGACUUAACUCUUAACUAACCUAAUAACUAAUCUUGCCCCCGAGAAUUUAUCCCCUUGAAAUGUUUUAUAGUGAAUUUAUUUGAGACACUUCGAUUGCUUAUUAACCAGACUGCUCAAGUUUUUAUGUUUCAUUUCGAGCUGAUAAAAGGGAAUUGAACAAAUCUUCGUAAGGAAUUGAAUUUUUGAAGCCAAGUUCUUCGACUCCAAUGUCUGCAAUACAAAAAUCCACUUAAAAUGUAAAGUGAAAUCUGAACAAUUAUUUUGAUUAUGUACUUCGAAUUAUAACGUCUGUAAUAAGUGAUCGACUUUGCCUCUCGUAUUGUUUACGUACUUAAUUUGUUAAUCGUUUAUGUCCCCCGCUUUUGAUAAUGGCACUUGUACUUUCGUUUCGUCCGGAGAGUGUUGAUGGAAAUGCAGUGCAAAGUAAUUCCAUUUAUUCAAUUAUAUACACGCUGGCAUAUAUAUCAGAUCGAGAACUAUAUAUAUACACUGCAUAUACACCUAAUAUGUAUAUUAGAGAAAAGUGAAAAAUGUUUGUAAGAAAUUUGUGAGAAACGCAAAACAAUAAAAAAGGAUUCUUUAUUGAGCAA